AUGCCCUUCGACCCAUCAAGCAGCCAUGGAACCGCAAUCGAGACCGUGGAGCGAGCCAUGUCCAUCCUUUCGAUACUCGGCACCAACUUCAUUCUUGGCACAUUCGUAGCCUUCCCGGCUUUCCGAAAACCCAUCAACAGACUCAUCCUCUACGCGGCUAUCGGCAAUGCGCUUACAAACGUUGCGACCCUUAUAUCGGUUUCGGGGAUACGGUAUGGAGAAGGCAGCGCGCUGUGUGAAUUCCAAGGUUUCUUGAUCCAGUGGUUCAUGCCCGCAGACUCUUUAUGGACACUGUGUAUGGCUUUCAACGUCUAUCUUACAUUCUUCAAGGGCCGCAAUGCAACAGAUCUCCGCAGGCUGGAGAAGUGGUACUUUUUGUUCUGCUAUGGCUUCCCGCUUCCUCCGCCAAUAAUAUACCUCGUUCUGGACUACACCAAGAACAGACAUGGUCCCCGAAUUUAUGGUCCGGCAACGCUAUGGUGCUGGGUCUCCACUAAAUGGGACUGGAUGCGCCUGACAUUUUUCUACGGCCCUGUCUGGGUCGUCAUAAUAUUAACCCUGUCGAUAUACGUUGCAACAGGCAGAGUUAUCUUCAAGAGACGCGCGCAGCUUCGUGCCUUUACCAAAGAGCACCCCCACGCUCCCGCACCAACUAUCGAGAACCCAUUCGCAUUAACGGAUCUUUCAACCGUUACCAAGACCACUAAGAUCGAAGUGACAACCGAAGUCAUCGAACUAGCUCCCGAAGCCUGCAGCAGCCCAUUGCCAUUCCGACCUGAGUCGCGGAGCUCGUAUUCAAGCGCAAGACCACUCAGCUCUGCUAGCACAUCGGCUGCACCAGCGCCAAACCACAAUUACUCAAGAUCAUGGGGCCAGCUUGACCCAGAGAGGUGGGCUUGCUCGGCGAUCAUUACUGCCGAGACACCUCGGUCCCAUAAGCACCGCACAACCAUGGAGCCCGAAAGUCCCGCCACGAGCGGAGAAAUCGUGGGUGAUGAAGAGGCAGCACCAGCGCGGAAGUCCUUCUCGCACACCAUCCGACGAAGGGUAGCGAACCAGGGAAACGAGGCUGCGUGGGCGUAUGCGAAGGUCGCGAUGCUGAUGUUCAUUGCGCUUGUUGUCGUCUGGGUUCCCUCCACAAUCAACCGCGUAUACUCGUUGGUUCAUGAGCAUAAACCGCGCUUCGCACUCAAUAUCAUUGCUGCUGCAGUGUUACCGCUUCAGGGCUUCUGGAACGCCAUGAUCUACAUCGCGACAUCCUGGCCGCAGUGCAAAGCCGCCUGGCGUCAAGUCUUUUCAUCAAAAGACGCUCGAAAAGACAGUCGCGCUUCGUCAUACACACUGCGAGGAGAACAUCGGCUUCGUUCUCCUUCGUCCGCCGACUUGCCUUAA